AUGCCUCACGCAACAGUGCCCUCACCAGGGCUACAAGCCUUCAUACUGUGUGGUCCAGGAGCGUCUCUCAGCAUCUUCGCCUCCAACCCAAACGAAUUCUCAAAGGCUUUGAUUCCCAUCGCAAAUCGGCCCAUGGUCUGGUAUCCCUUGGAUUGGUGCUAUCGGACGGGAAUUAACGCAGACAUCACUUUGAUCACCCCGCCAGAAUCAAAAUCCGCGUUGGAAGCCGCUCUGGCCACCAACCCCUACCUAACAUCGCUCCCAAACCCAAAGCCGGAAAUCCUCGCUCCACAGGCUUUGACGCAGACAAGUGGUACUGGAGAGUUGCUCCGUUCAGCAGAAGUCCAAAAAGCCAUCACGUCCGACUUUGUCAUUCUCCCUUGCGAUCUGGUGUCAGAACUCCCCGGAACCAGCAUCCUGCAGCAAUGGAUGAGCCUCAAUCCCCUCUCAAUCUCCAGCAAGGGAUCGAAGCGGAAAGGAGGCCUCAGUGUCUUUUACCCUACCCACGGCCUGGAAGGUAUCAGCCAGAAGAAAGAGGAAACAGAUUUCAUCGCCACGACACCGAUGAGUUCAGCGCCUGUGCCAUCUCCCCCCGGCUCUUUGAGGCCACAAAUCGAGACUGUGGUCAUGUCGAUGCCCACUGAUACCGUCAAUGACAAAAUCGAAGAAGACAAAGGCUUCUUCAGGAUCCGGACUCGGCUUACGCGCAAAUACGGAAGAGUGAAGAUGAGGACCAAGCACCGCGACGCCCACGUCUACAUCUUACCGAAAUGGGUCAAAGAGUACGCCAUCAAGAACGAAAAGUUUGACUCGAUCAGUGAAGACGUCGUGGGCUGGUGGGCAAAGGCACAGUGGCAAGAAGGCUUGGGCGAGAAACUCGGACUGGAUGCCGUGCUGGAUCAAACGACGAACACCGAGGACGACAUGACCGAUAGCGCCCAUCUCGACGAUGACGACGAAACAACUGAUGCCUCCCUCCUAUCAAGCACCAAAGUUUUCCGUCCUACCCAAUCACCAAUGUCAACAACCUUCGCCAGCCGUGUCGGCAACGCCGCCCUUCAACCCGCCAAAACACCCCUCCACGUCCCUCCCCUCCUCGCAUACGUCCAGUCCAGCCCAACCACAUCAACCCCAACAGUCGACCACCCCCUAGUCCGCCGCGUAGACACCAGCGCCAGCCUCCUCGCCAUAUCCCUCUACCUCGCCAAGCAGCAACCAGGCUCCUCCACCCUAUCCCACGAGCACAAACUCCACCCAAGCGCAAAAGUCGGACCACAGUCCCGCGUCAGCCAGGAGGACAGUCUGGUCGGAGAGAACGUCACUCUCGGGAGCCGGACGAUCGUCAAGGAGAGCGUCAUUGGCUCGAACUGCGAGAUUGGGAACAAUGUCCGGCUGACGAGGUGUCUGCUGAUGGAUGGGGUUGUGGUGGGGCAUGGUGUUCAGUUGACGGGUUGUACGGUUGGGCGAAGGGCGAGGAUAGAGGGGUUGAAAGCGGCGGACAGGACUCGGCUGACGGACUGUGAGGUCGCUCCUCAUUUCGUGGUGGAGGCAGGGACAGAAGCCAAAGGCGAGCAACUCAUGGCGUUUGGGGGUGAUAUGGAUGACAUGGAUGAAGAUGAUGAGGAUGAUGAUGGAGCUGAUUAG